AUGGAUCCCGAGAAGAGAGAUUGUCUGAUGUGCAAUGCUCCCAACAAGAUCUGCGACAUGGUGCAGUGCGAUAAGUGCGAACUGUGGGCCCAUUACUCUUGUACAGGCGUUACGGACGAGGUGAAAGAGCAGGAUUGGCGCUGCAUCAAAUGCAAUAAUGCUCUGCAGGUUCCGAAAACCCGAAAAAUCAGCAAAGCCGAAGCCAAAAAGACGAUAGGGCAAAAAUCAAGGAGCGAUGGUGGAUCUUCCGUCGGAUCCGUUUCGGAAAGCGGAGAAAACCUGGAAGAUUCGCUGAAAAAGUUGGAAGACGAAAAACGUACUCAGGAAAAGGCCUUGGAAGACGAAAUGAUCUUGCGUGAGAAGCGACUGGAAAUGACGAGGGCUCUACAGGAGAAACGGCGUCAAAUGGAGAAGGCAUUCCGCGAGAAACAACUGCAACAAGACCGAGAGCUGAAGGAGCGUCAGUUGCAGGAAGAGCACGAAAUGCUGGAGAAAGAGUUGUCCGAGGAAGCAUCUUUUCAAGAUCGGCGCAAGAAGAUGUACGAGGAGUUUGUAGAAGCGAAAAUGACUGUCGCUAAGCCGGUUGCUGGUCGAGAAAAAGUGAAGUUCUGGCUUAAAAAGCAGACAGGAGGAAAGAACUCUCCACUGACCACAACGAAGCUAGUUGAGCCAGUUGCAGGUUCAUCGAAAAAUAAAGCAGUUACGCUGGAAGAAGAAGCAGGAUCGGACGAAGAUGAGGAUGAAGGAUCGGAGGAAGGCGAGCAUGAAGAUGAAGGAGAAGGCGAGGAUGAAGAUGUAGAAGAAGGCGAGGAUGAAGAUAAGGAAGGUGAUGAGGAAUCAGAGGAUGAAGAUGAGGAGUUCCAGAUAUCCCGAGAGGAACACGAAUUUCUUUCUCGCCUACUAACUGAUAAAAAGCGGCAGCCGUCGACAAAAAAGCUGCAGCAAUUUACGGAAAAGCAACAGCCGUCGUUGAAAAAACAGCUGCCGACGAAGAAGAACCAGAAGAUUCAGCAGCAAAAGACGUCACAGUGGCACGUUCAGACCAACAUUAAGUUGUCCAAAGAACAGAUAGCUGCUCGACAAGCUCUCUCCAAAAACCCGCCAAUUUUUAAGGGUGAACCGGAGUUGUGGCCUAUUUUUAUCAGCAGCUACGAGUAA